AAGCCGCAGCGACGACUCGAGUUGACUUUAUUGGUGGGCAACUCACAUUGACAGUGUUCCAAUCCAACAUUCCUUUUAAGUGCAGGGUCCUCCCACCCGUUUCCUCGUCUCGCCCUCUUACGAAUCGUGUGUCACAUUGCGUGUCUCAAUAUCUCUGAAGCUCCUGCUCCCACUGCAGCGAGCUCCUCGUUGAUCUCGUCGGAGCUUACAGACCGUAGCCAUGUCUCAGACCAUCUCUCACACUGAAGUGCUCCAGGUCCGCGCGGACGAACUAUGGGAGGCCGUCAAGCAGGCGGACACGCUCAUGCGCGCCAACAUGCCUGAGUUCUUCGCAAAAUCGGAGUAUGUGCAGGGCAAUGGCGAGCCUGGCAGCAUCCGUGUGAUCAUCCUGGGUUCAGCCAUCCCUCACGUGGGGCAAAUCAAGGAACGCGUGGACAAGUUCGACGACGCCACCAUGACGAUGGCCGCCACCGUCCUGGAGGGCGAUCCCCGCUACAGCUCCUUCAGUGAGCAGGUGCAGCUCGUCCCCAAGGGCGACACCACCGAAGCGACCUGGACUGCCAAGUACGAGCCGGUCGGCGACAUGGGCCCUCCCGAAGAGAAGAAGGCCCUCUCAGCCCUGAUGCUCAAAACCCUUGAGCGCGCCGUGCUCGACAAGAAAACCCUGACGCAUGUCCAGACGCUGGAUGUAAGUCCCGAAGACAUCUGGAAAGCUUGUGAGAGAGUGGACGACAUUCUCGCCAAGGCCAUGCCCCAAUUCUUCGAGACCGUCACGCUGCUGAACGGUCACGGCGAGCCUGGCAGCGUCCGCGUUGUGAAGAUGGGACCUGCUGUCCCCCACGCUGGAGAAGUCACCGAGCGCAUGGACUUGUUCGACAAGGAAACCCGCAAGCUCGGCUACACAGUGCUCAAGGGCGAUCCCCGGUACUGGUGCUUCAAAGCCACGAUGCAGUUCAACGAAGGGCCCACCAAGGGUACCACCGAGGGCCUCUGGAUGGCGUCCUACGGCCCCCUGGGCAACAUGGGCCCUCCGGAGCACAUCUGGGGCAUAGUGCAGCUGGUGUGGAAGGCCCUUGCCGGCGACGUGAAGGAGCACCCGGAGCUCUACGCAUAAGCUUACAGACAGCACGAGCGCGGAUACAACAGUAAUUGUCAAUCGAUCGUCGCAUCGUGCAGACCGAAUCACAUGUUCUGGCUAAGAAGCAAGUAUCUGCGCAUUCGGUGGUGGUGAUCGACAGGAGUAGCGUUUUGUUAGCCGGACCUGGAUGUCCUCCGGGGCUUUUCUAUUUUUUUAUUUUUUUAUUUUUUUUUGUAAGGUGCCGAUGUAAUGUAAAAACUUUCUAUUGUUGAUUAUCGAUGGA